UGGGUGAGUGGGCCAGAAAGAGAGAAAGAGAUGUUGAUCACUCUGUUUAUGUGUCUUUUGUUUUUCUCUAACUGUAUCUCUUCAGCUUUGCUCACUGGCUCAGGUACCUGUCAGCUCCAGGGACGCUUCAAACUGAAUGGGGUGUACCAAGAUGGAGAUCUGAUACUUGGAGGCUUGUUCGAGGUUCACUUUUUCACAGUGUUCCCAGAGCUGAGCUUUAGAUCUGAGCCAGAACCACCAUACUGUGAGAAAUUUGAUUUGGAAAGUUUUCAGCAGGUACAGACUAUGAUUUUUGCUAUAGAUGAAAUCAACAAGAAUCCCAACCUGCUGCCAAACAUCACUCUUGGUUAUCAUCUGUAUGACAACUGUGUGAUGUUGGAAAUGGCGUUCCGUGCUGCCAUAGCACUUGUUAGUGGGACACAGGAGUCUUUGUCUGAUGUUGACUGCACCGGACCACCACCAGUGAUUGGAAUUGUGGGGGAUCCAGGUUCUACUCCUUCUAUUGCUAUAUCCAGUGUGUUGGGGCUGUUUCGUGUACCUAUAGUUAGCCACUAUGCCACCUGUUCCUGUUUGAGUGACAGGAAGAAAUAUCCCUCCUUCUUCAGAACUAUCCCCAGUGAUGCCUUUCAGGUUCGAGCUAUGGUUCAGAUCUUAAGACAUUUUGGAUGGACCUGGGUUGGUCUUCUCUAUAGUGAUGAUGAUUAUGGCAUCUACGCUGCUCAGUCUUUACACAAAGAAGUGCAGCUGUUUGGUGGCUGUAUUGCUUUUUCUGAAAUCCUGCCCCGUGAUAACAACCGCAGAGAUAUUCAGCGCAUAGUAAAAGUGAUUCAGGCCUCUACAGCUAAAGUGGUGGUUGUUUUUUCUACUUCAACCUAUCUGAUGCCUUUGAUGGAUGAGGUGGCUUUGCAGAACAUGACAGAUGUACAGUGGAUUGCAAGUGAAGCUUGGGCCACCUCUCCUGUAUUUCACACUCCGCAUUUUCUGCCGUUUCUGGGAGGCACCUUGGGUAUCGCCAUCCGACGUGGAGAGAUCGAGGGACUUUAUGAGUUCCUGCUACGCAUCCACCCCAGUAUUGAUCCAAGAAAUAAUAUGUUGAGGAUCUUCUGGGAGAACAUGUUUGAUUGCAGUUUUGAAAAAGAGGGUAUACAUUUUGAUAAAGAGCAAUUUAAAAAAGUGUGCACAGGUGAGGAAGAUCUACGCAGCACAGACACAAUAUACACUGAUGUUUCAGGGCUCAGGCCUGCCUAUAAUGUGUACAAAGCAGUUUAUGCCCUGGCACAUGCACUUCAUGACCUGAUGCAGUGUGAGGAGGGGAGAGGACCAUUCAGUGACAACACCUGUGCUGACAUAACAAACCUGCAGCCCUGGCAGCUGGUCCAAUACCUACAAAAGGUGAACUUCACCACAGGUUUUGGAGACCGUGUGUCAUUUGAUAAGAAUGGAGAUGCUCUGGCCAUCUAUGAUGUGUUGAACUGGCAGCCGAGCACUGAUGGGUCAAUCAUUGUCCGCACAGUCGGUGUGGUGGAUGAAGGGGCGGCAACAGGGAAGGUGCUCACACUGGAUGAAGAUGCAUUAUACUGGAAAUUUGGUGCACAUAAACCCCCACGGUCUGUGUGUAGUGAGAGCUGCCCAACAGGCACCAGACGAGCCAGGAGGAAAGGACUUCCUGUCUGCUGUUUUGACUGCCUGCCAUGUGCAGAUGGAGAGAUUUCUAAUACAACAGAUGCAAAUGAGUGCACAUUGUGUCCAGAUGAGUUUUGGUCCAAUGCAGAAAAAAAUCGCUGCAUCCCUAAAGAAGUGGAGUUUCUGUCCUAUGAGGAACCUCUGGGCAUCUCCCUGACCACUGCUUCUUUGCUCGGCACCUGCUUCUGUGCUGUUGUCAUGAUCAUUUUUGCUCAUCACCGCAACACUCCUAUAGUGCGCGCCAAUAAUUCAGAGCUCAGCUUCCUGCUGCUGCUGUCACUCAAACUGUGUUUCCUGUGUGUGCUGCUUUUUAUUGGCCGACCACAGUUGUGGACGUGUCAGUUAAGACAUGCUGUGUUUGGCAUUAGCUUUGUUUUGUGCGUCUCCAGCAUUCUGGUCAAGACUAUGGUGGUAAUAGCCGUGUUUAAGUCAUCUCGACCAGAGGGUAAAGGUGCUAUGAAAUGGUUUGGUGCAGCUCAACAAAGAUGCACAGUUUUGGGCUUAACUGCCCUUCAGGUGGUAAUAUGUGCGGUCUGGCUAACAACUGCAUCUCCAACUCCCUAUAAAAACAGCCUGUAUAUCAGGUCUAAAAUCGUUUAUGAAUGUGCUAUUGGUUCAGUGGCUGGAUUCACUGUGCUGCUGGGCUACAUUGGCUUUCUGGCAGCUGUGAGCUUCAUGUUAGCUUUUUUGGCAAGAAAUCUUCCAGAUAGUUUUAAUGAAGCAAAGUUCAUUACCUUUAGUAUGUUGAUCUUUUGUGCUGUAUGGAUUGCCUUUGUUCCAGCUUAUGUCAGCUCACCAGGGAAAUAUGCAGUGGCUGUGGAGAUUUUUGCCAUCUUGGCAUCCAGUUUUGGAUUACUGGUGGCAAUAUUUGCACCUAAAUGCUACAUCAUCCUCUUACAUCCAGAGAGAAACACUAAAAAAGCCAUAAUGGGAAGAGGCACUGAAAAGAAAUAG